GCCCUCCCUCCGCCGACCCUUUUCUUCCCCUGUUUCCUCUUCCAACAAAAUGUGGUUUCUUUAGGAGCUAUGGAAACUGAAUGCCAUUCCCCAGAUUCUCAUUUCUGUUUCAUUGCUAUUAUAAUCUGCACCAAAAUCUAAGAAUUUUGGGGUCUUUUUUUGCAAAUCUAUCAUCAUUAUUCAUUGUGAUUUGUGUCCUUCAAGAUUGUCCGGUCACAUCUCAUUAACGAUCAAGCAUGUGCUCCUAUAGCAAUUUUCUUGGUCCCAUUCUUAAAUCUGGUUUCUUUCCAGUGCAGCACAUUCUUGAUGAUGAUCCGAACGAAAAAAAAUUGAUCUUUUUAUUAAAAGGUUUGUGUUUUUUAAGGAGAAAUUCAUACCAAUACUCCCAAAUCUAAUAUUCUACACGAAUCCUCCAAGAUUGUGUAAUUCUCCCCUGCAAUCCCAGAUAAUCAAUAUUUUUAUACAAUGAUACUCCAAAAUUGCAUACCUCAGAAAGUAUGGAAUCCAUGUCUCUUGGAGCAUUAUUGUAAAAAAUAUUGAAUUUCUGCGAGCGAUUCUUGAUAAGGAUGAAGCUUUUACUGCGGGUGAUCGAAGCGCGGAACAUACCUGGAAAUGACCAGAAUGGGCUGAGUGAUCCCUAUGUGAAGGUGAAGAUGGGGAAACAGAAGUUCAAGACCAAGGUGGUGAAGAAGUGCCUGAACCCAUCGUGGUGCGAGGAAUUCACCUUUCAUGUGGAAGACUUUAAGGAGGAAGAGCUUGUGGUUUCUGUCAUGGGUGAAGACAAGUACUUCAAUGAUGAUUUCGUUGGCCAAGUUAAGAUCAACACUUAUCAGGUUUUUGAAGCUGAUGGGAAGUCCCUUGGAACUGCUUGGUACACUUUGAUGCCCAAGAACAAGAAAGCCAAGAACAAGGAUUGUGGUAAGCUUUUGUGUAUCUGUUCCCUAUGGUCAUAAAUUUGCCUGCAUAGUUGAAACUUGAAACUCAACAAUGUUAGGGAAUGGGAAAAAAAAUGUUUCCUUUUUGCUUUUUCAUCCAAACCAAAAGACAACCCUAAAUAGGUUGAGUAGGUUCUUCCUUUGAGGAAAAAAAAUGGUGUAAUUCAUAUUAUUUCAGAAGACAACCAAAGUAGGCAACCCUCAUAAUCUAUAUUACUAGCUGUUGGGAUUAAUUGUCUCCUCCUAAACCCGCAUUAGUAUAAUACUGUUCGUUUUAGACCAAGUUUUCACAUAUUUGUUUUGGGACACAUCCCAAAAGAACUCCACCCAGUGUGAGACUUGAGUUUGCUCCCAACAAAUCUCUCCCCAAAAUAAGGACCAUCCAACUUGUGAUCACAAUAAUCCCGACCUCAUUAUCAAGAAGACUUUCAACACGAGCCAUCAAUCAUAAAUCUUGAAUCCGUUCGGUGAUAUCAUUUAACCUAUCGAAUUAUCUUGUAUCGUCUUUUUUAACCCUGCGCCGCCAAACCACCACUUCUGCGGAAGACUUUCGACAAGAACUUCUCACAUAAUGCAAUCCACUACUUCCCGCCACUUCGACUAUGGGUUCCGAUAUCACAUGUUGGGGUCACCCAAACUCCGCAUUAGCCAAAACCCCUCACGUAUUUGUCUUUGUAGAACUCCAAAAACCUUUCAUCCAGACUCAAGCUUGCUCCCAAUAGUGCUCACCUUUACCUGAUCCAAACAACUUCUUAUGAUUUUGAAUGCUUGGAUUUGUCCUUUGCCAAUGCUAUGGUGUUGUUUUGGUUUUUCAGGUCAAAUCCUUCUCACUAUUUGCUUCUCCCAGAACAAUUCUUCCGCGGGAGAAAUGCAGACCGGAGGUGACAUUGGUGUGGUGCAAUCAAAGAAGUGUAUUGACGCAGGAAGCGAAUUGGUUUCACGGUCUUCCUUUGGCCCUCUCAACUUCCCAUCCCCAAUGAGGAUAGAAGAAUUCAAAGAAGAAAAACCAAAUAUACAAACCACCUUGGUUGGUCGGAUUUACCAAAUUUUCAACAAGCAAGGAGAUGAACUUCCCCCAAAAUCUCCAGAUCUUCCAGAUGCUUCUGAAACCGAGGAGAAUAACGACCACGCACCAGACGAGCAGCAGCAUUCUUCAUCGUCCUCAUCAUCACUGAGCUUUGAAGAGAUGAUGAGAAACAUGGAGAUGAGAGAGCAGGAGAGCGAAAUUACUGAUUUGCCAGGGGUAGUAGUGGACCGAGUUUACGCAAUCGCGCCGAGUGAACUCAACUCGUUCCUCUUUUCCCCCGAAUCGAACUUCUUCAAAACCCUAAUGGACGCCCAAGGAUCCACGGAAUUCUGCUCGGGUCCUUGGAAGCUCGAAAACGGCGGCGGCGUUGAGAGUUUCAGAAGAGUGGUCACUUUCGUUAAGGCGGCGAGCAAACUGGUGAAGGCUUUGAAAACGACGGAGGAGCAGACGUACGUGAGGGCGGACGGGAGGACGUACGCGGUGUCGAGCACCGUCGCCACGCCGGACGCGCCGUACGGGAACACUUUCAGGACGGAGGUGCUCUACCGCAUCACUCCCGGCCCCGAUCUCCCCGCCGGAGAAGAGUCUUCCAGAUUGGUGGUCUCAUGGCGGAUGAACUUCCUGCAGAGCACUAUGAUGAAAGGUUUCAUCGAGAACGGGGCACGGCAAGGCGUAAAGGAGAACUUCGAGCAAUUCUUGAGCUUACUGUCACUGAACGUGAAACCAGUGGUGGAUCAUGAUCCGGGGAAGAAGAAGAAGGAUCUGGUUUUGGAGUCUCUACAGGCGGAGCCGCAAUCGGACGGGAAGCUGGCGGUUCAGUAUUUCGCGAAUUUCACGGUGAUUUCGGCGCUUCUGGUGGGGCUCUACGUGAUCUUUCACACUUUGAUUGCCGCUCCCAGCUCGAUCCAGGGGCUGGAGUUCGCCGGACUCGAUCUGCCGGACUCCAUUGGCGAGCUGAUUGUUUCUGGAGUGCUGGUGAUGCAGGGCGCGCGUGCGCUGAAGCUGGUUUCGGGCUUUAUGCAGGCCAGAGUACAGAGAGCCAAAGGUGGUGACCAUGGUGUCAAAGCUCAGGGAGAUGGUUGGCUAUUGACUGUUGCAUUGCUUGAAGGAAGCGAUUUGGUAGCAGUUGAAUCGGGCGGGGUUUCUAACCCGUAUGUGGUUUUUACUUGCAAUGGUAAAACUAGAGCUAGCUCAAUCAGGUUCAGAUGUUCAUGUCCUAAGUGGAAUGAAAUAUUUGAGUUUGAUGCAAUGGAGGAGCCUCCAUCUUUGCUGAAUGUUGAAGUCUUUUGUUCUGAUGGACCUUCCCAUGAAGCUACAACUAUUGGGCAUGCUGAAAUCAAUUUUGUUAAAACAAAAGUAUCAGAUCUGUCUGAUUUUUGGAUUACUCUUCAAGGGCAGUUCGCGCUUGCCUGCCAGUCUAAGUUGCAUUUAAGAAUUGUCUUGAAUAAUACAAAGGGUAGCAAUGUCGUCAAAGAUUAUUUGUCUAAGAUGGAGAAGGAAGUGGGAAAGAAGAUAAAGUUAAGGUCUCCGCAAACAAAUUCAGCAUUCCAAAAGCUUUUUCAGCUUCCACCAGAGGAGUUCCUUAUCAACGACUUCUCUUGUCAUUUGAAGCGUAAAAUGCCCCUUCAGGGACGUCUAUUUCUGUCUGCAAGAAUAAUUGGGUUUCAUGCAGAUCUUUUUGGCCAUAAGACAAAUUUUUUCUUUCAUUGGGAAGAUAUAGAAGAUAUUCAAGUCAUCCCCAAGACUUUGGCAUCAAUUGGCAGCCCAAUUAUUAUCAUGACUUUAAAGUCAGGCAGAGGGUUUGAUGCCAAACAUGGUGCAAAGACUCAAGAUGCUGAGGGCAGGCUAAAGUUCCAUUUUCAGUCCUUUGUGUCUUUCAGUAUGGCUCUUAGGCUGAUCAUGGCACUGUGGAAGGCGAGAGCUCUGAGCCCAGAGGAAAAGGCACGAAUAGCUGAAGAAGAAUCCAAGGCUAAAAGCCUCCAGAUCGGUGAUGAGGAUUCUAUGGAUAAAAACAUGCAACCAGAUGAUGAAACUGAAGGAAAAAACAUACAAGGUGAAGAUAUGGAUUUAUCCACUGGAGAUGAUGAUCUCACCAUGUCCAUUGCUUAUUCCUCUGUGCUUUCUAUUCCUACAGAUUUUUUCAUGGAGUUAUUUAGUGGGAAUGAACUGGACAAAAGAGUUAUGGAGAGAGCUGGAUGUCUGAACUAUUCGCACAGUCCAUGGGAAUCCGAGAAGUCUGAUGUGUAUCAAAGACAACUUUAUUACAAGAUUGAUAAAUGGCUAUAUCGGUACAAAGUCGAGGUGACUAGCACACAACAGAAAUCCCGCCUUCCUGAAAAGAAUGGUUGGCUUGUCGAAGAGGUCUUGACAUUUCACGGGGUUCCUCUGGGCGACUAUUUUAAUCUUCACCACAGGUAUCAAGUUGAGGAUGUAGCAUCAGGAACCAUAGGAUGCAAUGUCCAGGUAUACUUUGGAGUGCAAUGGUCCAAAUACAUCAAACAUCAGAAAAGGAUCACCAAGAACAUCGCCUCCAACCUUCAAGAGCGGUUGUUGAUCAUGUUUAGUGCACUCGAGAAGGAAUAUCUAUCCGAGCAGUAAUUGGGCAUGGCGAAACCACCAACACUAAACCAUCGCCGCCAGGAUUCAUCAUCAACAAAGUCGUCCCCCUAAUGAGCAAUAUCUCGUCCCAAAAGAGUUAAGUGUAUUACUGCCUCUAGUUCAAUAUAAAUGAAGCUUUGGAUGCAUGCACAUUAAGAAAGCGGUUAAAAUUAUGAUAUACUACCUCCAUCUCGGAAAACUUUUCAUAUUUUGACUUUUUUUGGUCAAACAUUGACAUUCUUUUACCACAAAUUAAGCAUAAUUUGAAUAAUAAAUGUUAUAAAAGUUUGAUAUAUCAAAAGUCAAAACUAUAUCCUAAGAUGAACCCAAUUAUAUCAAAUUUACAUUAAAAUUGAAUAUACUUUUUUCUCAAUUUGUAGUCAAAGAGUGCCACUUUUUAACCAAAAAAAGUCGAAACAUGAAAGGUUUUUCGGGACGGAUGUAGUAUCUCCUAACCCCUAAUAAUAACUGUAAAGAGUCCACUUCGAAGUANUUGACAUUCUUUUACCACAAAUUAAGCAUAAUUUGAAUAAUAAAUGUUAUAAAAGUUUGAUAUAUCAAAAGUCAAAACUAUAUCCUAAGAUGAACCCAAUUAUAUCAAAUUUACAUUAAAAUUGAAUAUACUUUUUUCUCAAUUUGUAGUCAAAGAGUGCCACUUUUUAACCAAAAAAAGUCGAAACAUGAAAGGUUUUUCGGGACGGAUGUAGUAUCUCCUAACCCCUAAUAAUAACUGUAAAGAGUCCACUUCGAAGUAUUAUACAGUGAUAUAUGAGUUUAUAACAUACAUUGAUUUGCAUCUUUUGGGAUGGUUUGAUCCAUGAUCAUUAUGACCCAAUUUACUUGAUCCGAUUAUGAAUGAUAUCAGCAAUUGGAGGUGACAUUUGACAAGUUGACUUGAUUCGCUAGGCAAAGUAACAGAACUAAAGGGGAGCUCACAUUUGACAAGUUGUAGUGGUCCAUUGGUAACCACUCUACAAUUAAGACUCUCCUCUUGUGGGAGAUCACGAGUUUGAGUCACAUUGAGGAUUUUCAAUUAACAUCUAGCCCCCUUGGUUCUAGCCCUUUGGUUGGAUCUAUUGUGGAUGUCUCGCUUCCAACGGUAGUGUGGGAGCUCGGAGCUACUGGGAAUCUGAGGAACGAAAGAAUUCUAGAUUUACCCCUUCUAGGAUUCUUGAGGUGGGGUAUUAGAGGCUUAGGAUUAGUUCGACGCAAGUCGAGAAACUAAUGUAUAAAAAAGUAAGGGAACCAAAGGGUAUAUUAGCUAGAAAAUAUGCGCUUAUACUCUAAACGUCAUUUUUACUUGAAACAAAAAAAGGUUAAAACAUACACACAAGAAAACAAAUGUCCAAAUAGUCAAUUGUAUUGAAUCGGAUAGGAUAUUACAAGCAUGGCAUUUGUUUGUUUUUUUUCAAACUAACAUCUUGGCAAUGUUCACAAUUUGGCCAGGUUCAGGAGUUAGCAAUGCUAUGAUUUCUACAGUGAGAUCUCUCUCUACAAAUGGGAGACAAAGGGACACCCCCCAAAAAAAAAACCAAAAAAAGAAAAUUUGAUAUGGUAGCUUAGUUGUUGGUACCCUGGGUGAAUAUCAGUGGGACAAACGGUGUUCGGGCUUUCAACUAAUCCAGAAGCUUGAGUUACUGUCUGAUAACAAAGAAGGUUUUGCAAGGUAUGGUUGCUAAACUUGGUGUGUAAAAAGGGGUUUUUACCUUACAGUUAGAGUGAACCUUGAAACCUGAUUGAUAUAGCAUUGUUGUGACUGUAACUCUUCUCUCCCAUGCAUACGAUACAGUAUAACUAAAUCUACUCCAUGUAUGGUGAAAUGGACAACUUUGCCCUUAAAACACAUAAAAAGGACAUUAGAUGUUAGCAAAUUUGUCCAUUUAACACAAAUGUAGUGGAUUUAGUGACAACAUGGGUG